AUGUCUGGCAACAGCUCCACCGCAUCAUUAAGCCCGGUUAUACCCUCGAAUAUAGCAGCGGGACAGAGCCAGCAAGGAAUUUCGUUGGUAACAUUUGCUUCUGCCUUGACGACUUCAUUGGUAGUCUUCGCAGUUCAAUUAAUAGCAUUUCUCCUACUGCGUAAUAAGCUAGCUAGGAUAUUUAAACCCAAGACUUACCUUGUUCCAGAGAAGGAACGAACAGAACCACCUCCCAGGACACCAUGGGGAUGGCUCUUUGCCCUCUUUAAAUUCCGAGAUCGGGAAAUAAUACGUAAAUGCGGUCUCGAUGCCUACUUUUUUUCUCGCUAUCUACGCACACUGCUAGUCAUCUUUACACCUCUAGCUCUUGUUCUCAUUCCCACGUUAAUACCCUUAAACUACAUUGGCGGCAGAGGGUCUUCCUAUCGACAAGAAAUCAUAAACAAGACCAAUGCUACGAAUGCGAACAAUACUCUCGCGCUCAACGUUAAAGGUCUUGACUCUGUUGCUUGGGGAAACAUAAGGCCCUCUAAAACACAUCGGUACUGGGCGCACCUUAUCCUUGCCAUUAUUGUGAUCAUAUGGGUAUGUGGUGUUUUCUUCUCCGAGCUACGCAUUUACACUAGAGUACGACAAGACCAUUUGACGUCGGCAGAACAUCGACUUCGCGCAUCUGCUACGACAGUCCUUGUCAGUGCUAUUCCUAAAAAAUGGCUUACUGAAGAAGCUCUGGCUGGACUGUAUGAUGUUUUUCCGGGUGGUAUUCGCAACAUAUGGAUCAAUCGAAAUUUCGACGAAUUAUCUACCAAGAUUCACGAGAGAGACCAAGUAUUCCGCUUACUUGAGAGUGCAGAGACGGAACUUAUCCAAUUAGCGAAAAAAUCCUCGAGAAAACAGGCCCGGAAAGACGAAAUAUUAGCGGCUAAAAAUGCCAAGUGCAAACUUCGUAUGACAAAAAAAGAUCGACAGCAAAAAGUUAUGGACGAAAAUGCCCAAGCCGACCAACUAGUUCAGAGUGGAGGACAGAGCACCGGAGACUUGCCCCAGUCUAUUGGUGAUACCAUAGCUGAGCAAGAGAAAAAGUCUCGCCGACGUUUCGGCCAUCAGUCUAAGCGAUCAUUGAAUAUUCCUAAAAUUUCUGUCGUUAGCCAAGGUAUUGGCAGAGGUCUCGGCUCGUUUAGCAAAGCGAGCGAAAUAGUCGGGAGGAACAUUGAGGCUCAACUCGAGACGUCUGAUGGUUUUAUGAAUAUUGAGGAUCUUCCUCUGGGUGAUGACGAAUACGAUCAGUUCGGACGCUUUCGUGGACAAGCUUCCUCGACCACACAAAGGGACGAGAGUAUGCGAGAGGCGCAGGAUGAUGUUGAAGAUGAUGCAGGGCCUUCUCCUACAACUGGCCCUGUCGUUGGAAAUUUGGAAAAAGUGUCCCAAAGACAAAAGUAUAAUCCUGAAAGCUCCACAGGCGACGAACCUCCACGAAAUAAAUGGUGGGAAUUCUGGAAGCCUCCUUCUGGCGGCUUUGGUACGCCUACUCCCACUGGAUAUGAACCUUCAGACAGUCAUACCUUGGACAAAGCAAAAAAGAAUCCAUCAUCGGUCAAAAAUGCGAGUGUAUCUGAAAAGAUCAACCAUUUUCUUAGGAAAGUUAUUCCAUUUCUUGGAUCAGACGAAGAGCCUAGAGAAAAAUAUCCGCCCGCUUUCAACUCAAACUAUGUGAUGGAAACUCGUGGAGCAGCAUGGGAAAAAUACUUAAAGGCUAAAGAUCGACCUACCCAUAGGCUCCAUAUUUUUGACUGGACACCAAGCUGGUUUCCUACCUUUCCCAUCAUUAAUAAAAAAGUUGAUACUAUUUACUGGUGUCGGAAACAGCUGGCAAGAUUAAACUUGGAGAUUGAGAUUGAUCAAAAACACCCGGAAAAAUUCCCUCUGAUGAACUCUGCGUUUAUACAGUUCAAUCAUCAAGUUGCGGCUCACAUGGCCUGUCAAUCUGUUAGCUAUCACGUGCCUAAACAAAUGGCCCCUCGAACAGUCGAGGUAUCCCCGAAAGAUGUCAUAUGGGACAAUAUGUCUAUUAAAUGGUGGGAAGCCUGGAUGCGAACCGCAAUAGUCAUCGGUGUAGUUGUCGGCAUGCUCAUCUUGUGGGCAUUCCCAGUGGCUUGGACGGCGUCUCUAGCACAAUUAUCGGACUUGGCCAAUAAGUAUCCUUUCCUGCACUGCGUAAAAGCAAUACCCACCAAUUAUGUUCAAGCAGUUGCUGGUGUCCUUCCAGCAAUUGUCCUGGGGCUUUUGUUAACACUAAUACCCAUUAUUUUCAAAUAUUUGGCCUUCUUACAGGGUGCGCAGACCGGCACUGAGCAGCAAUCUAUCAUGCAAAUUUAUUACUUUACGUUUCUUUUUGUGCAAGUGUUUCUGGUUGUUUCCAUAUCUGGAGGUACACUGGCAACAAUAACUUCUGCAACCAAUAUAAAGACCAUUCCUGACACCCUGGCAACGCAACUUCCUAAGGCAGCCAAUUACUUCUUCUCUUACAUGAUACUUCAAGCUCUUUCAACUAGCUCUGGUGGUCUAUUGCAAAUUAUGACUCUCCUUCAGUGGUACAUAUGGCCUAAAUUGGUGGAUAACACCGCUCGAGAGAAAUGGACGCGAAAUACUACCCUUCCUUCAGUCACCUGGGGCACUUUCUUUCCUGUAUACACCAAUUUUGCGUGCAUAGCACUGGUUUAUUGUAUUGUCGCACCGGUAAUCGUUGUAUUUGCCAUCAUCACAUUCUCUCUAUUAUGGGUUGCGCAACGAUAUAAUAUGCUCUACGUAUCUCGAUUUGAAAUAGACACAGGAGGAUUGCUCUAUCCCCGAGCCAUAAAUCAAACCUUUACUGGACUAUAUGUCAUGGAACUCUGCCUUGUAGGUCUCUUCUUCCUAGUUGCCGAUGAAAAUGGUAAACAGGCUUGUGUUCCUCAAGCAAUUAUAAUGAGCGUUUUCGUCUUUCUCACCGUUAUAUACCAGUUCUUGUUAAACAAGUCUUUUGGUCCACUCUUACAUCACUUGCCUAUCACAUUCGAAAAUGAGGCAGUUCUUCGGGAUCAAGCAUUUGAGCGUGCUCAAGCCCGUCGUCUAGGGCUAGUUAUGGAUGAAGCUGACGAUAUGGGCCUGCCACAAAGUAAUAGAACAUCUGUAAUACACGAGCACCAUGAAGAAGGAGCCCCAAAGUUCAAGUCAUCCAAAAUUGUUCAAGAAGCUGGGUCCUGGGCCCUCAGAUCUGGGAAGCAUUUUACCUCUAAAGCUCUCGGACAUUGUUCCGGUCACGGCGAGACGGAAGAAAAUACUAUUUUAAAUUCUAAUUGCCUGAAUAAUACCUCUGUCAGACCCUCGCGUAGGGUCCGACGUCAUAGGGAUUUAGAAGCACAAAGAAAGAUCGCUGAUGCUUUGUAUGGCGGAUACAACGACGAUAUUGAAGAUCUAACACCCGAGGAAAGGAAUGUGUUAGUAAAUCAUGCCUUUCAGCAUUCAGCAUUACGCGCAAGGAGACCCACAGUUUGGAUUCCCCGAGAUGAUAUUGGCGUAAGCGACGAUGAAAUCAAACGAACCAGGGAGUUUGCGGGAAAUAAUAUUUGGAUCAGUAAUAUUGGCGCUGCCCUGGACGGAAACUCGAGGGUAGUCUAUGGAAGAAAUCCACCAGACUUUUCUGAGGUGGAUCUAAUCGACUUGUAG